AUGGAGCAUAAGACACCAACUGAAAGAGCGAAUGCUCUAGUCAGUGCUCUCGAAAAACAUGGACAGGGCGAUUAUAUCGGGGAAUCGAUCAACCAGCUCGAACACUCUUUGCAGGCCGCAGAUCAGGCACGCAAGUCAGGAGCUCGAGAUGAGCUGGUCAUUGCUGCGCUGUUCCACGACAUCGGUCAGAUCAUUCCGUUGGAUUCCACGAAGGAGGUUCGCAUGAACCUGCGGGGGAGCACAGAAAAUGUCGGGCGAGUGGGUCAUGAAGCCAUCGGCGCUGCCUAUCUCCAGUCCCUGGGAUUCAGCGAGACAGUCUGUCGGUUGGUGAAUAGCCAUGUUGCAGCCAAAAGGUAUCUGACGGCAGUGAAUCGUGGAUAUUAUGAUUCCUUGUCUUCUGCGUCCCAGAAAUCUCUCGCUUUCCAGGGCGGUCCAUUCCAGGGAGACGAGCUUCAGGCAUUUGAACAGGAUCCUCUUCGGGAUGAGAUGGUUUCUCUGCGAUUGUGGGAUGACACGGCCAAAUUGGAAGAGGCGGAGACAACUACACCACGUGCAGGGACGUAUGUCGAUAUCAUCACUGCUCAUCUUUCUCGGACACAGCUUCCGAGCCGCUCAUGA